AUGCAGAUCUUUGUCAAAACCCUCACGGGUAAAACCAUCACUCUUGAGGUUGAACCUAGUGAUUCCAUCGAGAAUGUGAAAACUAAAAUCCAAGACAAGGAAGGUAAAAUAAUAAACAAUUCUAGUAGUUGCGUAUUAAAGAACGAUGGCAGUAAAUCAAAAGCGCUUGGGUGACUUUCUCUGUUAAGUAUCGGGCAAACUUGUAGUGCAAAGCUCGAAGAAUAUCACUAUUAUGAAAUAUAUGCAUUCCUGUAACGUUGAAGCAUUCGAGUGGCAUUUGGUUAAAACGGUAAUAAUUUUCAUAGGAACUAACAGUCGCGACGAUUAAACUUGUUCUGAACAGUAAAACAUUGCACCAGUCAUCCUUUACUCGAGAUCUAUCUCUGUGGUUGUCCAAAAGGACACCUAGAUCAUUGUAACAGAUACACCUUUUUUUUGUCAGUGUCUGUGAUGCAAAAAAACUUACAUCACUUCCAUCAUCACUAUUGUUCCUAUAAUGGAUAAAGGGUCAUCUUGAAAUUCUCAUUCUAGCACAACCACAAUGCAGGACAUUAGUUAGAUGAACCUAGAUUAAAGUGCUAGGUUACCUACUACUAGUUUUCUGUAGAGAAGAAGUAAAGAUUUGAGCAGCUGUGGUUAUUAUUAGAAUUGGCAAGAUUGGUUCACUUUCCUGUGUUUGAUGCUUUAAUCAGUUGCUUAAAAUGUUAUCUGUCUGAGACUUAUCUGUUUCACCAGCACAGCAGUGAUUAGCUUAUUGAUUUAAUUUAAUUAAAUCAUAGAGCAAAGAGGUGACAGUGGUAGACAAAUUUAUUUAUUAGCUAGAUGGUGUUAAUUUAGAUAUGACUUAAAUCUUUCUUAACCCUUUGAGUACUGUAAAGUUAUACCUGAAUCAUCAUUUUCACUUCAAAUGUCUAGAGCCAGUUAAAAAGACUUCAGUGUGCCUGAGUUAACAUGAAUCUCUCAAAAUUCUAAUUUACUCAGUGUGUUGUUAUAAGGGCAACUCAGGGUGUGAAAUUUUUUUUUUUUCUGAUGGCCACUUGGCUCCUAAAUUUUUUCAAAGUGGUAGCCGAUUCAAAAAAAAUUGGUUGCCAUUUUUAAAGACAAACAAAACCUCUUUUGAAUGCUGUCAGCAUUCUAGGUAGACCCCUCUGAAAUUAAGUCAGGAAAAAGAUCUUUAACAUGCUACAAAUUGGAUAGGUAAGAUGAUAUACAACAUUCAAGCUCACCUAAAUACAAGAUGGUGUCUAGUCAUCGCUUUAGAUGCCUGUGCUGCAUUUUGGAAACAAACUUAAUGAGGAAGUUUGCUGCGGCUUUACCUUUGCAAAUCUUUUUAAUUCACUAUAUCUCUAAGUAAGGUUAUGAUGAAGCAUUCUAGUUGCCAAUUUGGUGACUAAUUUUCAGGAUUUGGUCGGCAAAGUGAAAAACUUAGUCGCACUGGCGCCUGUAUUAGGCGCAAUUUCACGCCCUGCUACUGAAAAGAGAAAAUCUUGACUCAGGGACUAUGUCUUGAAAGCAUUCAAGAGGUUAGUUCUGUUACAAGCAAUGUAUAGCAGCUACGAGGAAGAACUGCCAAUCAAAUGCCAGGAACAAAAGGAAUUUAACAGACUGUUUUUGAUUGUAGGUAUUCCUCCUGAUCAGCAACGGCUUAUUUUUGCUGGCAAGCAAUUAGAAGAUGGAAGAACUCUUUCUGACUACAACAUCCAGAAAGGUAUAGUUAGCAUGCUUGACCUGUAUAACAGUAAAAGUAAAUCCUGAAUCACAGCCGUAAUGAUCCACCAUUAGAUCUUGCUGAGAACCUUUUUUGGCUUAUUGCCAUUUUGAUUUUUUCCAUCAACAGAAUCCACUCUCCAUCUUGUGUUGAGGCUGCGUGGUGGGGUUAUUGAACCCAGUUUGCGCCUUUUGGCGCAGAAAUAUAACUGUGAUAAAAUGAUCUGCAGGAAGUAUGUUUUCUUUUUAUUAUUUAAUAACCAACUUUGUGUUUCAUCAUUGCUUCAAGCAAAGUGCAACUUCCAUGGUGUGGUAUAUUUCUCAUUUUUCUCCGUUAUUGAUCAAUGUGAGAUCACAGACAACACAAUUAAAAAUUUAAAUGUUGUUGUAUGAACUGUAUGGCUGUGUGCUUUCGUUUAUCCACAAACAUGAACAAAAAUCUUGUGUGAGGGCUGUGUCUGGCCACUUAAAGUGCAAGAUGGGAGCUAAGAGAUGAAAGGAUGAAGAAGAGUGACCAUUAUUUGAUAAAUUGCUUUUAGACUUAUUGGAUCGGAUGGGAAAAUUUCAUGGGCUUAUUUUGAUCCUCAUGGCCUCAAGCCAAAUAUUUCCAUGUCUGGCCCACCCAUUCAGUCAAUAAAUAUUUUCUCUUUACGAUUUGGAUUGUGGAUAAGGAACUCCUACUAUUUGUUAUUAUAUCUGGAUACAAGUUUGAAGUUGAACAUUCCUUUCUUUUCAGGUGCUAUGCCCGUCUGCAUCCUCGAGCAGUCAACUGCCGCAAGAAGAAAUGUGGUCACAGCAACAACCUUAGACCAAAGAAGAAGCUUAAGGGCUAA